AAACGUCAAAACUUGACGUUAAAACUUUUGUUUUCAAGAAAUCAAGGCGGGUUGAUGCUGCUUCGGUUUUAAUAAGUCAAAAACAUGAAUCAAGUUACAGCAGAACCAAUUCCGCCGAAUUUGCUGAUUUGUCGGGUUUGUGAAGCCCCAGAUAAUUUGCAGCCGCUUUUCAGUUCUGAUACCGAGAGCGACCUUGCCGCGAAAAUGGUUUGUUGUGCUUCAGUCCAGAUUUCCCAGAACGACGGUCUUCCGCAGCAUCUUUGCAGCACCUGUCGCAACGAUUUGGAGGCAGCUUAUGCUUUUCGCGUACGCUGUGAAUGUGCCGAUUCCAACUUCCGCAAAAUACUAAGUCUCAAAUCAGAACCGUUCAUAGAAGACGACGAUUUCAAAGAGGACAAAACCGUGACUUUCGAGGAAGACAUAGAUUCGGACGCUCCCAUCAGUGAGCUUCUGCCAAAAUCGGACACCGAUUUGCUUGACGACCCACGCAGUUUAUACGCAGAGCAAGAAGCCAGUGACACCGGUGAAAAGGACUAUGAGGUAUUUACUUGUGAAACUUGCGGUAAAGUGCUCUCCACAUUCCAACAGUAUCGAGCGCAUGUGAAAGCCAAACAUGAACAACCUCGCAAAUCAACCGAAGCGCCGAAGAAAUUUUGUUGUGAGAAAUGUUCGCUAGAGUUCAAAUGCCAAAGUGCUUAUCAGCGGCAUAUUUCGGCAGUGCAUGAAAAACGAAGAGAUUACCUGUGCAAAAUUUGUGGCGAGGCGUUCGCGGAAAAGUACGGGCUACGAUCGCAUCAAACAGUUCACGCGGACGAGCGCUAUCCGUGUUCCAAGUGCCCGUCGACGUUCAAGUGGAAGCGCAGCUUGAUCCAUCAUGAACAGUUGCAUCUGCCGCCGGAAGAGCGGGAUCCAAAGCUCGUGAAGAAAUAUAAGCCGAGCAAAAAGAAAUAUAUCUGUUCAUUUUGCGGGAAAAUUUCCAACAACAUAUCCUGUCACGUUGUGCACGAACGUUGGCACACGGAUGAACGACCCUACAACUGCGUGACGUGCUCCAAGAAAUUCCGCACAAGCACGCAACUGAGGAAACAUGAACUAACUCAUACCAAUACACGAUCCUAUGAGUGCCAAGAGUGCCAUAAAUGCUUUAGGCAGAAAUCCCAUCUUGUGACUCAUACCUUAGUUCAUACACAGGAGAAAAAUCAUGUUUGUAAUAUUUGUUCCAAGGCGUUUUCAUUAAAGGCUUCUCUCCGAGCUCACAUGAAGUCACACGAUAUAUUUGUGGCAAAUAAGUGAUAAUAUAAGUCGAAGUUUCAAACGUGCAAGCAGUGAAAUAACAUAAAGAAUCGUUUUAUUGAAUGAAUAAAUGGUUUCUUGAAAGAUUAU